UGCUAGCUGCUAUCUCUGCUGUGGCUACCUUGGCUGUUUUCUGGUCAGUAGCCAGCUAACUUUAGCCUUGUCAGUUUCUUGUCGAGGCCCCGUUUCUGCCUCUAAUUUGCCUUCGUUCCCGGAUAAUUCAAGGACCAUGGAUUUCCCAGGCCACUUCGAUCAGAUCUUCCAGCAGCUCAACUAUCAACGCGUCCACGGUCAGCUGUGCGAUUGUGUCAUCGUGGUGGGCAGCCGACACUUCAAGGCCCACCGCUCGGUGCUGGCGGCCUGCAGCACUCACUUCAGGGCCCUGUUCACCGUUGCAGAGGGAGAUGCUAGCAUGAACAUGAUCCAGCUGGACAGCGAGGUGGUGACAGCUGAAGCUUUUGCUGCUCUAGUGGACAUGAUGUACACCUCCACACUGAUGCUCGGGGAGAGCAAUGUCAUGGAUAUUCUCCUUGCCGCCUCACAUCUGCACCUAAACAAUGUUGUCAAGGCCUGUAAACACUACCUGACCACACGCACCCUUCCCAUGUCUCCCCCCUCGGACAGAACCCUCCAUCACCACGCUCAGCAGGAGCAGCAGAGGCACAGACAGCAGCAGCAGCAGGUAGCAGAUGCGGCAGUGAACCCCACUCUAGCAGCUAAUGCCAACCUCAGUGCAAACGCUGCCACAUCAAAGAUGCAGCGCUCCUUCCUCCUGCAGCAGCUGGGGCUCAGCUUGGUGAGCUCAGCUCUAGGUGGGAUGGAGGAGGACGGAGUUGGAAAUGUUGGCGGCAAUAGAGUUGAACAGCGAGCCUCCUUCCCAAUCAGGCGCUUGCACAAACGCAAGCCCUCUCUAGCCCUGGGCCUGUCAGAGGAGAGACCAAGGCAGAGACAGCGCCCCUCCGCCCCUAACAUGGGGCUGUUAGGUGAAGGAGCAGGGAAUGCAGACCGUGAGGAAGGAGGGCUACUCUCACCAGACUCACACAAGAUGGGGGAUGACUCCAAAAAGGAUGGCGCUAUCACUGGUCUAGUAGGGAUAGGGGCCCAAGAUGAUCCUCAGAUGCCCAGCCAGUCAGAUAGCGGACGCUGCGAGGGCGAGGAUUUGGGGAGAAUGCAGGGAGGUGUGAGCAAGGAGGAGGACAUGGAAGACCAGGGCCACCAGGACAUCAGAGCAGGGGUGAAGAUCAAAUCAGGGACAGAGGAGGACGAGGCUGAGGAACAGGAACUGAAGGUGGUGGUUAAACGAGAGCCGCUAAGUUCACCAGAGCCGACGGAUGAAAUCAGUGAUGUAACAUCGCAGGCUGAAGGCAGUGACCCAGCUGAGCCUGGAUGCCGGGAGGAGGAUGAGAAGGCGGAGCUUAGCCCAGAGAGCAGCGACCGCAGCUUCACAUCCGAACCCCAACACAGCUCUGACUCGCUGCUGCAACCCAGCUCCCAGCUUCUCCUUAAGAACAGCAUGGGAGGAGGCAGCGGAGGGAGAGGCGGCUAUGGAUGUAAUAGUGGACUGGUUAGCAAAUCUGGUUUUAGUAUUUCUAACUUUCUCAGCCCUAAGGAUUUUGGAAGUGCCAGUGCUGGGAUGGUUGUUGGAGAGGAUGAACUUCCAAACACAACCACCGGUGAUGCAGUAGCACAUCACUUCCUGCUCAGACAGGAAUCUGCUGGACCAUCUGGCUCUACUUCUUCUCUUCUGCAGUCAGGUCCGCUUGGUGCUGAGAGUCGUAACGGAUUUGGAGACAACCUACAAGCGGAUUCUUUAUUCCUCCGUCCUCUGCAUGAUGGUUUAGGGAACCCAAGAGCAAGUGGAGGGAGUGGUAGUGGAGGGAUAGAUCCCUUCAGUUUGGACUUUCAGCACUCUAGUCUGGGGCUUCACUCCUUCGGCCGACCCUCUCGAGGUGCUGGAGGGGCGAGUUCGGCUUCUAUGGGUUACCCAGGCUACAGGCGUAUCGCUCCCAAAAUGAACACUGGCAUGGGAGGAGACGAAGGAGUAAGCGGUGUUCUCCAGGACGCCGCCUCUUCCUCCUCAAGCCUGGCAAACCCUCUGCUUCUAAACAAGAAUGGUGGAUAUGAGAUGAACAGCGGCAGGCCAACCUCCCUCCCCCCUCAGCUGACCCGAGCCUCAGCCGACGUCCUGUCCAAGUGCAAGAAGGCUCUGUCGGAGCAUAACGUCCUGGUGGUGGAAGGAGCGCGAAAGUACGCCUGUAAGAUCUGCUGCAAAACCUUCCUCACCCUAACUGACUGUAAGAAACACAUCCGAGUCCACACGGGAGAGAAGCCCUACGCAUGUCUCAAAUGUGGAAAGCGCUUCAGUCAGUCGUCACACCUCUACAAGCAUUCCAAGACCACCUGCCUGCGCUGGCAGAACAGCAACAUGUCCAACGGCAUGCUGUAGGAUUGAUGUUACAGCACCUGAGGACAGGAGGAAACUGUUACAGAUGUAAAGAUUGAAACAUAUUUCUGAAGCUGAGGCAAAGAGCUGGCAUCUGAUCAGCUGUUUGGUCCAUAAGAAUCAGUCCUGAUCACAGACCAAAGAGAGGGAUGGUAAUGUAAUCAUACCUUUUCUUUUUUCAAGAAGAAACUUUUCAUCUGUGUUGCUGAAAUCUGUAGUUGAUGGUACGAUUAUUGAUGCAUGUUUAGCUCAAUAACCACACACUCAAUCUGAGCAUCUGCAGAUCACAGGCAGCUGUGCAGCACUAAAAUAAUAAAGUAAAUAUCAUGUAAAGUAGUGUGCUUAUCAGUUACAGACCGAUAUUAGAUUUUCGGGGCAGAUACGGGAUUUUUGGGGCCGAUACCGAUAUCAAUAUAAUGAAGAAAAAACAGCCGAUACCGAUAUAUUGGCCGAUAACUUUCUUAGAUCAGUCUCCGGGAUAGAUAUAGAUUUACACAUUUAUUGCAUUGAUCCCUCAAAUGCAGUUAUCAAACACAACUGGAAAGUAACUGCGCAUGGACGUGCACCACCUCUUGACCCUCUGGAGAGUGAUAAUGCUUGUUUUAAUCCAUAUAGCGCCCUCUGCUGGUGAAAAAUAACUGCUAGUGUCACACAAUGAAACUCAAAUGAAAUGCUAUUUGACUGGUGGAUAGAUCUAGUAAUAUCAGCGCAUAUCUGCGAUAACAUCAGCCGAUACGGAUAGUCACUUGAUACGCUAAUAUCAGCCCAUAUUAUUGGCUGGCCGAUUAAUCGGUCGGGCUCUGGUGCUUAUAUGUCGCUUUUUCAUUGCACAUUUGAAAAAACAUGUAGCAUUACCCAGCGUCAGACUGUUGACUCAUUUUUAACUGGACAUAUCGACUGUGCUUUGUAUUGUGAACGAGCAGCGGUCAUAUAGACUGAAGGCUAACUGAUUCAAGUCAGUCUGAGCCCCAGAGAUUAUGAUGGUGCUCCUGUAAGAACUGAUCAUGGAAGUGUUCUCUUUAUACCUACUGUAAAGUAAAAAACAUAGGUGGUUCAGUCCUGUGAGGCAGACUUAGGCAAUGCUAAGAUCUGUCUUCUUUAUUUUAUUUUUUUUAAGUUCAACACACAGAAGAGAUUACUCCCGUUUGCAUGCAAUGGAAAUAUUGUGCAAAAAGGACUUGUGAUAUAAAACUGACUUGAUCGACAACGUGACCAGGACAGAAACUGUUCAACCACAGAGCUCGAUGUCGUCGAUUGAACAUGUUGAACUUCUGUAGUUGAAUGACCAUCAAUGAAAGUGUUGCUGAACUCAGUCAAGGUCGAGAAAAUGAUUAUCAGCUUUGGAGAAACAUUGAUUUGCUCUGAUUUAACUUCAAGCCUCCAACAUUAGAAUUAAAUUGCAUUGUUUAUAGGAGAAAAAUAUGUUACACUGACACCGUUGUCGUUAUAAAAUUAAGGGAAUAGGGAUUUUUUUUUCAACCUUUCAGUCCAUUUUUAAGUCCUUUGUCAAUAUAUAAUUGCAUCACAUUGCAAUUUUAGUACCUAAAUAACAUUAUUUUUUAUCCUGAUAUGUGAAAAUCUUAAUCUGAUGUGAUUUUCAUUCCUCCAUGAUUGAAGUGCACUAAAAAAUGUUUCCUUUAUUUUGGAUCCUGGCCUCAAAAAGUUCCCUUGUGGCAGACGAGUUGACUGGCCGUCCACACAUCAGCACGGCUUCCCCCAGUCACUGGUGUACUUGUGUGUGCAGUUUGUCAUUUAUUUAAAAAAUAAAAAUAAAAAAUGAAGAAGAACGAAAUAUAUAUUGCACACUUUCUGUUGGUUUCAUGGAUUCCUCUUGGAGGAGAGACAAAAAAACUAUUGACGCAUUAAGUGUUUGUUUGCUAACGUACUUGAUACAUGUGCUUUAUACAUAUAUCUUUAUACAUAUAAUGUUCCAUUUGUUACAAAAGCACUAUGACAAAUCAUUCUUUCUCUAACUUAUGUGUUCACUGGAACGUUGAACUACAUUGAAAAAUUGCUGCGUUGCAAUUCUUUGAACUCUGCCCUCUCUUCAAGGUCCUAUUUUACAAGCGAAGGGUUGAAACAUUUCUGCCAACACUUGAUCUUACAUACAUGAUUUUCUCAGUUUGUGCAAUGAGAAAAAAAGAAAAAGAAAGAAGACGGAAAAAUAAAUAAAAAAAGAAGAGGAGCUGACCUCUUUUGGGUUGUCAAUAGGAGCAGCUUCAAGUGUAGAAAGUUGGUCUAUGAAAUCAGUGUUCUUGCAGUUGUUGUACAGUUCAGUUUUAGUGAGACCAGACUGGAAGAAAAUAACACUUUAAAAAGGCAGGGUUGGUAAUUACCUCCAGAUCCACUUUUUUAAGAUUUAGGUUGAAAUUGUCUUUAGGUCCUGACAGACAUUAAUAACUCAUGUUCUCUGAAAAAGGAAUGAAGAACAUCCUUCAUCUGUAGCAGAUGUAAGCCUGUAAAAACUUUGACCAAUGUCUGCCACGAGGUACCAAUCUGAUGAACCAAUCACACGCCUCCCUGUCUCCCUGCUCAUUCUCUACCCCACACUCAAAGCUUGUCACCGAUGAAGGAGGUUUAUUCUGUGAGGUUGUCAUUGGCUGUUGUGAGUAGUAAAAUAGUCACGUUUUCUUUAACAAAGUGAUAAAGUUUAUUAAUGUUUACUUUUCGCUGAAUGAGAUGAUGUAGUUUCUACACAAUGCAAGCGAUGAGCUAAAGUCCAUGUAAGUGAGGGGCGUUGCUUUUGAGGGAGCACAGAGAGGAGGGGGUCGAUGAAGACAAAGCACUGAGGAAAUGCUACUUUCAAAAUCAUGCUAGUUUUUGAAAAUGACCAACCCUGCCUUUAAGUACAUGUUUGCCUUUUUGUAGACUUCUGGUUUGCUUGCUGUAACGUCUCACCUACACCGUCAGUGUGAAACACAUACUUACAGCUUCCACUUCUUGUCUGCACCUUAUCGUACUGUAGAGUCAUUACACUGUCAGUCUGUACAAAAGUGAAGAUUUUAAUACAAACACAUGAUAAUUGAUAAUCUUGACUUGUGACUUCAGAAAGCUGUUCUCUCUGUAAACAUAAGCUAACAUACCGUUGCCGUACCCCCGAUGGUCCUGACACUAUGGAAUCCAUGGUGAAGUUUUUUUUUUUAAAGCUUUGCCACAGAAGAAAUGACCACUGACGAUGAAAUCUGACAUCUAAUCGAAUCACUUUCAGCCGUCUCCACCUGCUGUGGUAACCUCUUGAUACAUGGAGUCUGAAUUAAUGUAUGGAGAGUUGUUUAGAUGAAUAAGAGAUGUGAUCCAAAAUAGUGUCCAUGUCUCACACAGUGGCCUGUGAAUGAUUAUUAUGGUGCUGUCUUCUAAAGCUGUUCUGCAUAAACAGUUAAUGUGAAUCUCUGAAAAAUGCACUGACUGUAUCCGCCCUGUAUGAAUAUGCCAAAAUGUAAGAAUUUCUAAAAUAAAAAUGGCCUAAAUUGAUCCUUAAAGUCACUGCCUUACGCCCUGAGCUUGAGAAGCUGGGCUCUUGUUGAUAUGCCAAAUCUGAAGUUUUUCUGUUUGUCUUUCUGUGUACUGUACGUAACAUAGUGUAACCAUGACGAGACGUACUGUUUGUCUCUUUACUGUUGAAGGCUUUUAAGAUGGUAUAGUAUGUUCAGUUGUUGUAAAGACUGAAUUAAAGAAUAAAAACAGUGAAAUACA